UUUGUGAUUUGUUCCCUAAUUGACCUAGAUAAAACCACUGACUGGCAAGCCCCUGUAGCCGCAGGCACUCGGGAUGAAACAGAGCAAGUGAACUCAUUGCAAGCAAUUCUCUCAUUUUCUUCAGUAAUCCCAUUUGCCAUUGUGCCCGUCCAAUCCGUGGUAUACUCCUCGCAUGUUAGGCAUUUUAACGAGCCUGACAUUUGAAUUUCAUCAUUCUCACCAACCACCCCCACCCCCUCCCUCCCCCACCAGUUUCUCUCCACUGACUGGCGCCGAGUUGGACGAUGUGUUGGUGUCUGUGCUGCGGGGAGGGGGAGAGCUGUCUGGGAGGGUUGCGUUGUUAGCUGCCGGUUUGCUAUGAGCCCUCGGGGAGUCAGUCUGUCGCCGGAGGAAAGGUGAUUGAGCCCGCAGGGUCGCUCUCUGGGGCUGAGCUGGAGAGAUACACCUCUCAGCCCGCACAGCGUUUCAGGAUACCAUGCCGGACAAAGUGACCGGGCCCCAGGACACAGCGCCUGCCAAGGUGUCUUCAUUUUUCAUCGAGAAUCUGCUGCGGAGUAAUGGCAAGGAGAGGCAGGCGGACAGCAAGGAGGAGAGCGGGGAGAGGGUCUCUGCCCGACCCGGCCUGUACCCUCACGGCACUGCGGGGAACCAGCUGUGCUGUCAGCUCUGCAGCCUGGCUCUGUGUACACACGGCUCUCCGCUCAGGGACAGCAUGUUACAGUGGUACACCCGAACACAGCCCAGAUGUGCGGGAUGUGCCAGUCCAGACAGUCCGAAGCAAGGAAGUCCUAGUUCCGUCGAAGAGCAAUGUUUUUUCCUCCCAGCCAGUGAUCUAGACUCCCCGCCAGUUUCGGACAAAGGGGACAGCCACAAGGAGAUCUGUAGCCCAGAGGAAGGCGAGCUCCUGGAGGGGAAGAGGUCAGAGGCAGACAGCCCCCCGGCUGCCAAAAGCCAGAUGGACUCCGAGCAGAAAUCCGGCCGCAAAAAGAAAACGCGCACCGUGUUCAGCAGGAGUCAGGUUUUCCAGCUGGAGUCCACGUUUGACAUGAAGCGCUACCUGAGCAGCUCCGAGAGAGCGGGUCUGGCCGCUUCCCUUCACCUGACCGAGACUCAGGUCAAAAUCUGGUUUCAAAAUCGGAGAAAUAAAUGGAAAAGGCAGCUGGCCGCUGACCUGGAAGCGGUUAAUCUCUCUCACAGUGCACAGAGGAUUGUCAGAGUCCCCAUUUUAUAUCACGAAAGUACACCAACCGGCGCCUUAAGUUUCAGCCUGCCGCAGGUAUCCCCUCCUCUGGUCAGUUUCUCAGGCACUGCAAACUACCCUCUUACAACAUUCCCCUCCUCCAUGCCUUUCCUAAGGUCGCAAAUGAGUGGACUUGUCUAGAUCAGACCCUUCGACCAGAUGGUACGUGGAAGGUCUAAGUGACGCCAUGAGAGAAACGAAACGAAAAGCCUUUUGGUUCAAUUUCAACACUUUUGUUUUGUCUCUAACACUUUCAGUUGGUGCAAAUGUGCAAUAGUGUACUCUGGGGCGCUGUGGCUGCAGAGCCGGACCGGAAAUUUGUGCUCCUUUACAUCCAAAGAAAUGAUUGCAGACUUGAAUACAAUGAUUUCCGCAUUCACUGAUGUGACCACGUCAUUAAAGACAACCACCACGCCCAUGGACUACAGUAUAAAAAAUAAUAACUUCAUAGGUAAUUUAUAUAAAGUCCCCUUUGCUUAUACAAUAUAUUGCUGUGUUAAACUUAGAUUUCUUUUUAACUGAUCGGUCUUGUUAGAACGGGCAAGGGAGGAGUCCAGAGCAAGUUCAAAAUGCUCAAUUGGAUUUUAGUACAUCUAAACAUUAGUUACUGGGCGUUUUUGAUUUUAAUAUUUUUAACUCGAUGUAGCUAACCGCAUUUAUAUUAUCGGAGGAAAGAAAUGCAAUAAACCCCUGGUCAAAUCCUUGAAAAACAAGCAAACUGGUCUUUGAAUCAACUCAUCAUUCACCACACAUCCAUUUGAUUUAAUAUCGAGCUGUUACAGAACUGUCAGGAAUGGUGAUUGGCUUCAUUUUGGUUUGCAUUGUAUCUUUUGCUUAAUCGUUUGCAUAUAAAGAUCGCAUAUUUUCGGUGAACCUCGUCCACAUAAACGUUUCUCCUCAUGCGAUGCAAUAAAGUGGAACCAUAUUUCUUUUUAGCUUUACAAGUUGCAAAUCUGGAGAAAAAAAAUAACUAAGCUUCUACUAUGCAACAGACUGAAUGUUUAGUACAGUAUGGCCGAAACUGUACUUUGCACUAAAGGCCGGAGCGAUAACGUUAUACGCAUUUGCAAAUUCUUUAUUCCGAAUCGUUUGUUCUUGUUCAGGUGACGUAUAUACUGCUGUAGAUUUAAUCAGAGCAGCGGAUAUUUGUCCGAAAAAUUCUCAGUCCUAGUCAUGACUUCAGGUUUUAUUGUGAAAUAUUAGUGUGUUAAGACUUUUUAUAAGCAAUGCAUGAUUAUUAUCAAACAUAUGAGUACUGUUAAUAAUAUAAAACAGACAUAUGACAUUAAAAGUUAUACUUAACCAACUCCAACUGCUUUAUAGCUUCCCUUAGUUUCCGUUUGGUGUCUAUAUUCUUGCCUUGGUCAAUGAAUCGCAAUCAACUAUUUAGCAAGGUCGAACGUUCCCCUAUUUCCUGAAAGCUG